AUGAAACUAAUAACAACAUUAUUAUUCAAUUUUGCAUUUUCAUUUGCAUUCGUUCCUAAUGUAAAUAUUCAACAACAUCAAAAAGAAGUCAAUCAAUUUUCAUCAAGUUUAGACAUAAUAGAAGAUAUAUCAUUAAAUAAUCUUUUACAUAUAAAUGAUAAAUCAGAUAUAUCAAGUUAUCAAUUAUCAAAUGGUAUAAAAUUUGAUUCUGGACGUUUAAUUUUAUCGAAAUUAGAUUCAUUAUGGUCAAAUCAAAAUAUUCCACAACGAGAUUUCACAAUAGAAUUAAUUUUUAGAUCAACUGGAAAAACUAAAGAUAUUCAAUUUGAUGAUAAUAAUUUAAGUUUAUGGAUUUAUAAUGAUGUUGUGUCAACUAUAGGUUCUAAAAAUUUCGAUGGAUUUAAAAUCUCAAUUAAUAAUUUUCAACAACAAGGUUUAAAGUUGUUUAAUAAUGAUGGAUCAUCCCUGGGGGAUAAAUACACUUUGGAAGAAAGUAUAGGAGAUUGUGGAUUUAGAUAUUUGGAAAGUGACGUUCCUUUUACUAUUCGUAUUUCAUAUAGUUCUGAAAGAAAUUGGUUUAAAAUUCAAGUUGAUAAUAAUUUAUGUUUCAAAACUGAUAAAAUUAAAAUUCCUGAAGAUAAUAAUUAUAGAUUUGGAUUAACUAGUUUUGUAAAUGAACAAUCUUUGGAAAGUUUUGAAAUUUUAUCAAUUAAAAUAUGGGAUAAAUUAACUGAAGAUUCUAUUGAUGAUCAUGGAGUUAUAAUUGAUGGAGAACUUAAAAUAGAUACCAUCAACAAAGUUAUAGAUGAUGAUGAUCAUGUAAAACCUAGUGUUGUUAGAGAAUCAUUAAUGGAAAGAGCUAGAAAACAUCGUGAAGAAAUGUUACAAAUUGAAAAACAAACUCAACAACAACAACCUAAUUCAGGACAAGAUUUUUCAAUUAUACUUGAUAGAUUAAAUGAUUUAGAAUUUUCAAUAGCUGAUCUUUCUAAAAUUGUUGGAUCUUCUUCAACAUCAUCAUCAUCUUCAAAUUCUGGUGAAUUUUCUAAACAAGACUUUCAAGAUUUAAAAAAUUCAUUAGAUCAAACACAACUUCAAAUUUCAAAUUUACAAUCCACUAUAUCAAAACAAUAUAUAGAACUUUUACAAUCAAUUUCAGAAUUAAAUAAAAAAGUUAUAGGGGAAGUAAGAGAACAACAUUAUGGAAUGGAAGAACUUUCAAAAAAAGUUGAUUUAUUAAUGAAUGAACAUAAAGAAGUAGCUUAUCAAUAUCAAAAACAAAAAAAUCAAGAACCACAAAUAAAUAUUGGUGCCAAUGGAAAUGACUCGGUGGUGGAUAAAUUGAUUAAAUGGAUUUUAAUUCCUUUAGUGAUUGUGCUAUUGGUGUUGGUUGUUUUUGUUUAUAGACUUAGACAUGAUAUAAAGCAUUCUAAACUUCUUUAA